CAAAAGCGAAUCCCAGGCAGUGGCUGGGGCAAGGCCCAAAAUCGAGUCCCAGGCCAUGGCUGGGGCAAGGCCCAAAGCUGAAGCAAGGGCAGUAGGGGGAGCACGUCCUAAGACCGAGGCCAAGGUAAUCCCUGGGGCAAGGCCCAAAGAUGAAGCCCAAGCUUGGGCCCAGACUGAGUUUGGGGCUGAGGCAAUGUCGCAAACAGAAGGCCUGACCCAGACCAAUGCUGUAGCCUGGCCACUCGUCAGUACUGAGUCUGGGUCAGUUGCUAAACCUAUGGCCCUGUCUGUGGACAGGGAGCUGGUCAAUGUGGACACUGAGACGUUUCCUUGCUCCCAGGUUGAGACAGGAGUUCAACCCUGGUUUGGAUCAGGGGAGGAAGCUAAUAUGGGGUCUUGGUGCUAUCCCAGGCCCCGGGCCAGAGAGGAGGCCUCUAAUGAGUCUGGAUUCUGGUCAGCAGAUGAGACCUCUACAAUGUCUUCUUUCUGGGCCGGAGAAGAGGCCAGUAUCAGAUCAUGGCCCAGGGAAGAGGCUAAUACCAGGUCCAGGCACAGGGCCAAACAUCAGCCUAACCCCAGGUCCAGGCCCAGAUCCAAGCAAGAUCCCUAUAUUGAUUCUUGGUCUGGGUCUGAAGAGGAGUCUGGCAACCCAUUUUGCUUGUGGGCUGGGGAAAAUACCAAUAACCUGUUCAGGCCCAGAGUCAGGGAUGAGGCAAAUAUGAGGUCCAAGCUCAGGACCAAGAGAGAGGACUUUUUUGAGUCUGAGUCUGAAGAUGAGUACUAUAAGGAGUCCUGGUUUUUGCCUGGAGAAGAGGCCAAUAGUAGCUUCAGGACCAGAGACAAGGAAGAGCCUAAUACUGUCUUGAAGCCCAGGGCCCAGAAAGAUGUUAAUCACAGUGGUAGGGUCAAACAAGAGCCCAGAUUUGAAGAGGAAGUCAUUAUUGGGUCCUGGUUCUGGGCAGAGAAAGAGGCGGGUAUGGAGGCUGGGGCUUCUGCCAUCUGUGAAUCCACACCAGGGGCCGAGGAGGGGGCCAUUGGUGGAUCCUUGUUCUGGACUGAGGAAAAGUCCAGUUUGGGGGCUGUGGCCAGAGAAGAGUCCAGGCCAGAGUCUGAAGAAGAGGCCAUAUUUGGGUCCUGGUUCUGGGAUAGAGAUGAGGCCUGCUUUGACCUAAAUCCCAGUCCUGUGUACAAAGCCAAUUCUAGAUACAGAGAUUCAGCUGAGGAUGAACUUAAGGCAUCAUCCAGGCCCCAGACCUGGGAAGAGGUCACUGUUGAAUUCAAACCUGGUCUUUGUCAUGGGGUUGGCUUCCCAUCCCCAAGCUCCUUUAGAAUUCCUGAAGAAGCAGCAUCUGUAUUCUCUGAAAUGUUUGAGGGAAAGCCCAAGAAUACAGAAUUUACCCCAGAAGGGGAAGACCAGGAAUCUUUGCUUCAGUCUGAACAACUUGAACCUGAAUUCCCAUUUCAGUAUGAUCCAUCCUACAGGUCAGUCAGGGAAAUUCGGGAGCAUCUUAAGGCCAGGGAGAGUGCAGAGCCUGAGAGUUGGUCCUGCAGCUGCAUACAGUGUGAGCUUAAAAUUGGUACUGGAGAGUUUGAAGAACUUCUUCUAUUAAUGGACAAAAUCCGAGAUCCUUUUAUUCAUGAAAUAUCUAAAAUUGCAAUGGGUAUGAGAAGUGCUUCUCAAUUUACCCGAGAUUUCAUUCGGGAUUCAGGUGUUGUCUCACUUAUUGAAACCUUGCUCAAUUAUCCUUCCUCCCGAGUUAGGACAAGUUUUUUGGAAAAUAUGAUUCACAUGGCUCCACCUUACCCAAAUCUAAACAUGAUUGAGACAUUCAUAUGUCAAGUGUGUGAGGAAACCCUUGCUCAUAGUGUGGGUUCCCCUGAGCAGCUGCUUGGAUUAAGGAUGCUUAGACACCUCACUAUAACUACUGACUACCACACACUGGUUGCCAAUUAUAUGUCUGGGUUUCUUUCCUUAUUAACCACAGGCAAUGCAAGAACAAAGUUUCAUGUGCUGAAAAUGCUAUUGAAUUUGUCCGAAAAUCCAAUCGUGGCAAAAAAACUAUUCAGUGCCAAAGCUCUGUCGAUAUUUGUGGGUCUCUUUAACAUAGAGGAGACAAAUGAUAAUAUUCAAAUUGUUAUCAAGAUGUUUCAGAAUAUCAGUAAUAUCAUAAAAAAUGGAACUAUGUCCUUAAUUGACGAUGAUUUCAAUCUUGAGCCACUUAUUUCUGCAUUCCAUGAAUUUGAGAAGCUAGCUAAGGAACUACAAGUCCAGAUAGACAAUCAAAAUGAUCCUGAGGUGGGACAACAAAGCUAAUAUGAAUAACCACCUGCCUUUGAUCAGCCUUAUGUUCCCAAAGAGCCCUGAGUAGUGCUUUGGUUUUCACAGUCUGGUUUUAUGUUGUAACUUAUAUUUUAAUCUGAUGUUAACUUUGUCCAAUUCUUGAUUUGAGCUGCAUCAUUUUGUGGAUGCCAAAUGAAUAUUAGAGCUGAAAAUAUAUCUGUUGAUAUUUGUCUUGCUGUCCAGAUUGCAAUAUUUUUCAGUAUUGAGCUUCUGAUGAACUAAGUCGCCUGUGUACGCUACCCUGCUAUUUGUUGUUUAAACAUACGGUUCUCUAUUCAAGUCUGUGUUUUCAAUAAAGGUCUAUGUGAAAAUUG